AUGGGCAGCGCGUCCGUGUCCGGGGUAGUGUCGAGGAAGGUGCUGCCGGCGUGCGGCGGGCUGUGCUACUUCUGCCCCUCCCUGCGCGCCCGCUCCAGGCAGCCCGUCAAGCGCUACAAGAAGAUCCUCGCCGAAAUCUUCCCCGCAACGCAGGAAGAGCCGCCGAAUGAAAGGAGGAUCGGGAAGCUGUGCGACUAUGUUGCUCGGAACCCUCACCGCGUGCCAAACAUCACUGAAUACUUGGAGCAAAGGUUUUACAAGGAGUUGAGGAAGGAGCAGUAUGGUUUUGCGAAAGUGGUUGUGCUGAUAUACCGCAGAUUGUUGGUAUCUUGUAAAGACCAGAUGCCGUUACUAGCAAGCAGCUUGCUGAGCAUCAUAUGCACUCUCUUGGAUCACACGAGGCAGGAUGAUAUGCGCAUCAUAGGGUGUGAAACCUUGUUUGAUUUUAUUGUCUGUCAGGUGGAUGGAACGUAUCAGUUCAAUAUGGAAGAACUUGUCCCAAGACUCUGUGAACUAGCUCAGGUAGUCAAGGUGGAAGAGAAGUCUAAUGCACUCCGUGCAGCAGCCCUCCAAGCCCUUUCAGCUAUGAUCUGGUUUAUGGGUGAGCUUUCUCAUAUCUCAUCCGAGUUUGAUAAUGUUGUUCAAGUAGUAUUGGAAAGCUAUAGGCCUCAAAAGAUGCACGAUGACAAUAAUGGUCCCGAAGCUCCAGGAAGUGGGCGGACAGAAGAAGUUCUUAAAGCAGAGGGUCGUGCCUCUUCCUCUCCUUCCUCAUUUACCAUCUCUAGGAUACCUUCUUGGAAGAGCAUAGUUAGUGAUAAGGGAGAAAUUCAACUGCCUGUGAAAGAUGCAAAGGAUCCUAACUUUUGGUCAAGAAUCUGUGUGCACAACAUGGCCAAGCUAUCCAGGGAGGCGACCACUUUCCGUCGUGUUCUGGAGUCCCUAUUUCGUCACUUUGAUAAUAAUAAUUCAUGGUCAUCCCUGAACACACUUGCUCUCUCUGUUUUAUUGGACAUGCAAAUGUUGAUGGAAAAUUCAGGGCAAAACAUGAACCUCAUGAUAUCAAUAUUGGUAAAGCACAUUGAACACAAGUCUGUAUCAAAGCAACCAGAGGUGCAACUCAGCAUCGUGGAGGUGAUAGCUUCCCUUGCAGAACAAUCAAGAGCUCAGGCUUCAGCAGCAACGAUUGGUGCUCUAAGUGACCUUGUGAGACAUAUGAAGAAGACAUUGCAGGUUGCUGUAGGCAGCAGAGAGUUGGAACUGGUAAAGUGGAAUGACAAACUCCGGAAGGCUGUUGACGACUGCAUAGUCCAGCUAUCCAAGAAGGUAGGUGAUGCUGGACCUGUCCUUGACAUGAUGUCUGUGAUGUUAGAGAAUAUCUCGCGAACUCCUCUUAUUGCUAUAGCAACUACAUCUGCAGUUUAUCGCACUGCCCAAAUAAUUUCAUCUAUUCCGAAUUUGUCCUAUAAGAAUAAGGUAUUUCCGGAAGUACUAUUUCACCAAUUACUGUUAGCAAUGGUCCACCCUGACCAUGAAAUUCGUGUUUCUGCACACCGUAUAUUUUCUGUUGUCCUUGUCCCAUCUUCUGUUUCUCCCUUCCCUCAUUCAGAAUCCCCAGACCAGCUUAAGAAGCAGGAAAUUCAGAGGACACUCUCAAGGGCUGUCUCUGUUUUCUCAUCUUCAGCUGCUUUGUUUGAUAAGUUGAGGAGGGACAAAACCUCCUUCAGGGAAAGUACACAGGAUGGAAGCCGGAAUAAAACUUUAUACGGUAUUGGUGAUGAAACUGCUUCGCCCAAGAACUUGUCUGGUUCGCAAAGCCGUAGACGCAGCUUCAGAGUUCCUAAUUUAUCUAUUAAAAGGGUUCCUUCAUCAUCUCUGCGAUCUUCUGUGUCCUUGAAGGAAAGUCAAAAUUCCUCAACUGAGUCAUGCAAUGAAAUGGAAUGGGCUUUCUUAAGAUUAAGCAGUCACCAGGCCACACUUUUACUGUCAUCCAUUUGGGCUCAAGCGAUAUCUCAUAAAAAUUCUCCUCAAAAUUAUGAAGCUAUUGCUCAUACUUAUAGUUUGCUUCUAUUGUUUUCUGGGUCGAAGAUGGCAAUAUUUGAGGCUCUUGCUCCCAGUUUCCAGGUUGCAUUUUCUUUAAUGGCACGUUCACUCCAAGAAACAGAUUCUCUGUCACCAUCUCGUCGUCGGUCCUUGUUUACUUUGGCUACAUCUAUGAUCAUUUUCUCUUCAAGAGCUUUCAAUGUGGCGCCUCUCAUCCCAAUUUGCAACUCUUUGCUCAAUGAAAGAACAGUGGAUCCCUUUCUUCAUUUAGUACAUGAGACCAAACUUCAGGCUGUGAAAGAUUAUUCAGAAGAUCCAUCUAAGACAUAUGGAUCACCAGAGGAUGAUGCUAACGCUUUGAAGUUUCUUUCAACAGUAAACUUAACAGGGAGCCAUUCACGACAAUUCAUGACCUCAAUGAUCAUGAACAGUUUAACAGAUUUACCAGAUAUGGAGUUAGAAAGUAUAAGAAGUCAACUGCUAAAUGACUUCUGUCCUGACGAAAUGUGUCCAAUAAAUGCUCAGUUUUUUGAAGCACCCAGCAAAAAUCCACUGUCAGUGUCGGAAGACGAUUUCUUCCAUCAAGAGGCUCCACUUAUCGAUAUGGGUAAUGAAACCUUGGCAGAAGUAUACGAAACUAUGCCAACUAGUAAAGGCAUGUCUGUUCCCACAACAGAUCUUUUGGGUAUCGAUGAGCUUCUAGAAACAGUUGGCACUGGCCCAUCAUCUCAGGCGGCAAGGUACUCGGUGUCAACGGCUCCGGACAUGCCAUUCAAGGACAUGACUAGCCAGUGUGAGGCUCUUUCUAUGGGAAAACAGCAGAAGAUGUCUGCAUUCAUGAGCUUCAAACACAAUUGGCAAGCAGCUAUCCCCGAAAACGAUCCGAUAAACCACGCGGAAGCGGCACAUAUCUUCGACGAGCAGAAAAAUACAAACCCUUUCCUCCAGGAAAACUACCCAACAGAUGGUGGCGCCCAGACCGGUGGUAACCUGCAGCAUCAACAUCUGCUAAAGCUGCCGGCAUCAAGCCCGUACGACAACUUCCUGAAGGCCGCAGGCUGUUGAUGCUCCAGCACAGGAAACCAUGACUCCGUGAUACCGACCGAAGGUUGUUGAGUCGGAGAAUACCAUCCAACACGUAAUGCUUACAUUCGGUGAUGUUUCUCAAUUUACCCCUCGUGAAUGUACCUGUAUGCCAUUGCGUGUGUUGUAUAUCUUUUGUAAUGCAACACUUCCCUGUAAUGUGAGUAGUUUGUUGUGUCGUC